AAUGCAGAGAUGCUGCAGUGGCUUUGGGCACACACAUCCACACUUGGGCAGGCACCAGCCAAGCGCUGCCUCGCAGCCGAGACCCAGCACCGGCGGGGCCCCCCAGACCCUUGGAUUCUGCACGCGCAUCCGCCCCACACAAGGGCCGCUGUCCCCACGCACCCGCCCAGGUGUGAGCCGGCCGGAGGCGCAGGAUGGCAGGAGCCACUGGAUUUGUCUGCACGUCCCUCGCUGUUGUCACCUUGCUGGUUUGGUGCCGAGCCCAGAGCAGCACCAGGAGCUAUGGGCCGGUGUUUGAGGAGCAGCCCGUCCACACUCUGUUCCCUGAAGGCUCAGCAGAAGAGAAGGUCACGUUGACGUGCCGAGCUCGGGCCAGCCCUCCCGCGACCUACAGGUGGAAGAUGAACGGCACGGAGCUCAAGAUGGAGCCGGAUUCCCGUUACAGGCUGGUCGCAGGUGACUUAGUGAUAAGCAACCCGGUGAAAGCCAAGGACGCCGGCUCCUACCAAUGCGUGGCGUCUAAUUCCAGGGGCACGGUGGUCAGCAGGGAAGCCUCCCUCCGCUUUGGCUUUUUGCAGGAGUUCUCCGCAGAAGAGCGAGACCCCGUGAAGAUCACGGAAGGCUGGGGGGUGAUGUUCGCCUGCAGCCCUCCUCCCCACUACCCAGGCUUAUCCUAUCGCUGGCUCCUGAACGAGUUUCCCAAUUUCAUCCCAGCUGACGGAAGGCGUUUCGUCUCUCAGACCACGGGAAACCUUUACAUUGCCAAAACAGAGGCUUCCGACCUGGGGAACUAUUCGUGCUUUGCCACCAGCCACAUCGACUUCAUCACCAAGAGCGUUUUCAGCAAGUUCUCCCGGCUCAGCCUCGCUGCAGAGGAUGCCAGGCAGUACGCACCCAGCAUAAAAGCCAGGUUUCCUGCCGACACCUACGCUCUGGCCGGGCAGAUGGUGACUUUGGAGUGUUUCGCCUUUGGAAACCCCGUUCCUCGAAUAAAGUGGAGGAAGCUGGACGGCUCGCAGUCCUCCAAGUGGAUCGGCAGCGAGCCCCUCCUGCAGAUCCAGGAUGUCGGCUUUGAGGAUGAAGGAACCUACGAGUGCGAGGCUGAGAACAUCAAAGGGAGAGACACCUACCAGGGCCGCAUCAUCAUUCAAGCUCAGCCGGAGUGGCUGAAGGUGAUCACGGACACGGAGGCUGACAUCGGGUCUGACCUGCGCUGGAGCUGCGCGGCUGCCGGCAAACCCAGGCCCGCGGUGCGGUGGCUCCGGGACGGGCAACCGCUGACCUCCCAGAACCGCAUCGAAGUGAGCGGUGGAGAGCUGAGAUUUUCCAAGCUAGUCCUGGAGGACUCUGGCAUGUAUCAGUGUGUGGCUGAGAACAAGCAUGGCACAGUAUAUGCAAGUGCUGAAUUAACAGUGCAAGCCUUAGCACCAGAUUUUAGACUAAACCCAGUGAAGCGGCUGAUACCUGCAGCCCGAAGCGGGAAGGUCAUCAUCCCGUGUCAACCGCGAGCCGCACCGAAAGCCACCGUGCUCUGGACCAAAGGGACUGAACUUCUGACCAACAGUAGCAGGGUGACUAUUACCACAGAUGGCACCUUGAUCCUCCAGAAUAUCAGCAAAUCCGACGAGGGGAAGUAUACCUGCUUUGCUGAGAAUUUCAUGGGCAAAGCCAACAGCACGGGAAUCCUCUCCGUUAGAGAUGCCACCAAAAUCACGCUGGCACCAUCUAGUGCCGAUAUCAACGUCGGUGAAAACCUCACUCUGCAAUGUCACGCGUCCCAUGAUCCGACUAUGGACCUGACCUUCACCUGGUCACUGGAUGAUUUCCCCAUUGACUUUGACAAGUCUGAGGGGCACUACCGGCGAGCCAGCGUGAAGGAAGCUGUUGGGGACCUCAGCAUCUCCAAUGCGCAGCUGAAACACUCGGGGCGGUACACGUGCACAGCCCAGACCGUGGUGGACAGUGCUUCGGAGUCAGCCACGCUGACCGUCAGAGGACCUCCAGGCCCCCCAGGGGGUGUGGUGGUGAGAGAUGUCGGUGACACCACCGUCCUGCUGAGCUGGAGCCGCGGCUUUGACAACCACAGCCCCAUCGCCAGGUACCUCGUCGAGGCGCGGACCCUCCUCUCCAGCACAUGGAAGCAAAUGCGGACCAAUCCUGUAAAUAUUGAAGGCAAUGCAGAGACAGCCCAGGUGGUGAACCUCAUUCCUUGGAUGGAUUAUGAGUUUCGGGUCUUAGCAAGUAACAUUCUUGGAGUUGGGGAGCCAAGUUUACCCUCCAGCAAAAUCCGUACCAAAGAAGCAGCACCUACUGUGGCACCAUCUGGGCUCAGCGGAGGCGGAGGAGCUCCCAACGAGCUGAUCAUCAACUGGACGCCAACACUGCGGGACUAUCAGAACGGAGACGGUUUUGGCUACAUCUUGUCGUUCCGCAAGAAAGGCACCCAGGGGUGGCUGACGGCGCGGGUGCCGCACGCGGAAUCGCUGCACUACGUCUACCGCAAUGAGAGCAUCGGCCCCUACACCCCCUUUGAAGUGAAGAUCAAAGCGUACAACAGGAAAGGAGAGGGGCCGGAGAGCCUCACCGCCAUCGUGUACUCCGCAGAAGAAGAACCCAAAGUGGCUCCUUUCAGAGUUACGGCCAAGGCUGUUCUGUCCUCGGAAAUGGACGUGUCCUGGGAGCCCAUUGAGCAGGGAGACAUGACCGGAGUGCUGUUGGGCUACGAGAUCCGGUACUGGAAGGACGGUGAUAAAGAGGAGGCAGCUGACAGAGUGAGAACAGCGGGGCUGGUCACGUCGGCUCAUGUCACAGGCCUAAACCCCAACACAAAAUACCACGUGUCAGUCCGAGCUUAUAACCGGGCUGGAACCGGCCCCCCCAGUCCCUCCACCAACAUCACGACAACAAAACCACCACCAAAGAGGCCGCCUGGCAACAUCUCCUGGACUUUUUCUGGGUCUACAGUCACCAUCAAGUGGGACCCGGUGGUGGCGAAGGCAGACGAGUCUGCAGUUACAGGGUACAAGAUGCUUUACAGGCAGGAUUCCCACUCUGCUCCCACCCUAUACCUGGCCAGCAAGAGCCGGAUCGACAUCCCUGUCCCUGAAGAUUUCACUCACGCCUUCGUACAGAUCAGGGUGACGGGCCCUGGGGGAGACGGAAUCCCAGCAGAAGUUCACAUCCUCCGAAACAGUGGGACCAGUAUGAUGGUGGAAGACUCUGUGACGAGGCCGGUGCCACACGCUGUCAUUGUCACAACUAACUCUCUAGUCAUGGUGGCCCUGAUCAGCUACCUGGAGCUCUGACGGUGGCCAACGCGGCACAGGACUCCAGGACGCGCUUCCUCAAGGGAUGACUCGAUACUCAGCUGCUACAACCUCAAGUCUGUACCACAGCAGCACUACAGAGAAAGGAUUUGACGACAUUGGUUGAAGGGAGGAAGAAAGGAACAGUUUUUUGCUUUUGUUUUGGAAGAACAUAAGCUUUCGUACAAGACAUGGGUCUUUAACCAAUUAAAGAUUUUUUUAAAGAAACGAGUAAAAUGAAGAAGAAUUCUACGUGAAUUCUGACAGCCAACUGCCCCCCCACACUGUAUCCAGUAGGUUUUUGCCUUAUGAAGCCAUUUACUAAAGUAACCAGACUGCUAAACUUGACUACUUUUUAAAAAUAUGUACAGUGGGGUUGGCACGGGGAGGAUGGGGACUGAGGAUUUCCCAGUGAUCAGCAUGUUCCAUACCAACCCCAGUCACGGCCCAUCUCCAGCACAUUAUAGGAAAGGAUUUUACCCCCCCAAAUAAAAUAUGAGCCCAACUCUGCAGCAACCAGCCCAAGGAGAUAAAGCCACAUGAGAGAUUGAGCUCUGUCCCAUCCUGGGGACGGGUGAACACCAACUUUAGACCGUGAAAAGCUGUUUUUAUGACACUGGUGUUAACUUGCAACCCCAGCCUAUUGUUUGUAUCAACUGUUAUGCUGUGAGGUGCAAUGCUCAAUGUUAUCUGUAGCCCACGUGCUUUUGGGGUGUUUUUGUUAUACUGUUUGCUUCUUUCCUUUUUGUUCGGGGAGGAGAAGGGGUAAGUAAAAGGGAGAUACUCUUCUAGCAUCAGCUAAUUCAGAGAGGCAGCUCUCCCUAACAAUGGAGCUGUCAACAUACCCCAUUUCUAUAGAAAGAGGGUCUUAAAGGAGGAAGAAAAAGGAAUAUGACGUGAUUUAACCAAGAACUGGAGGCUCAAGGAAGCCACCACUGGGGCAGCAAGGAAAAUCUGGCCUCACUCAGGUUCAUGUCUCUACACAAACAGCUCCUUGCAGCCAAAAUACCAGUCACGACCCGGGGCUGCAGGACCGAGAGUCGAUCGAUAGAUCAGUCUGGUUUUCAGGCCCAAGGCUCACACGGGAGGGCUGAUACCCCAAAGCUGGAUGGGGAUGUCAAGGUGCACCAUUAACUAAAAUAACUGGGAGUGGAUGUUGCAUUUUAAAAUCUCUUUGUUUCCCAGUAAAGCAACCAAGUGACCCAAGUUAACUAGAAGCUGAACUACGUUGCUUGCUGAUUGGAUCCCAAGUGCAUCUUUAGGGAACUUGACCUUCCUUGUUUCCCAGCGGAUGACGCUGCUGGGCUGGGCAACCUCAACUCCAGAACUACCCGACAAACAGCUCCAAGUGCAAAGGCAAGGGAUUUGACAUGUGGUUUCUACAUGAGAUGCCAAUUCCUUACCCUUGUUAAUUUUAAGACUCCCGUGUCCUUGGCCUUAGUGAGAGAUUAUGUGUGUAAAUCCCCGGCCUCCCUGAGGAGUUUUGCCUGUUGCAUCUAUUCACAGUAUCCCAUUACGAUUCUUUUAGCAUCUGGAAGCAAGAAGGUAAAUGCAGCAGUAGGUUCAGGGCUCCUGUGUGUUCAGCAAACAAGAGAAAUGUUUUAAGAACCAGGCAAAGAAAAAGAAACUUAAUGAGUCUAAAUAUUGUGAGGAUGGCUGCAGCAAAAAGAAAGGGUACUGCAGUGUUUCCAUGACAAAUAACACCUGGGAUAAAGCAAAAAGAGAAGCCAACAGCUCCCAAUGGCACAUGGCAGGAACCAUCACCCCUCAGCCUGUCCUGAGCUUCCUCCUGCUCCCUCUGCAGCUCCCCAGGAAUUACCCCCUCGGUCCCUCUAACAGGUUGAACUCCUUCUUUCAGAACGACAACAGCUAAAUAGAAACUAUAUUUUUGUAUUAUUUAUGUUCUUGAAGACUUUAAAAUAUUUUUAUUGAUGUUUGGAAGUUGGGUUUGGUAAAAUGUUUUAUGUUGUUAAUUUGGCAUUUUUGUUAUCACCUUCAUCUCGCUGGCCCUUCAGCCUUUCUCCCACGGAAGAUGUGAUGAGAGGAAAAUUAGGGAUUCAUUCUUAGCUCAAAAGCAAAGCAAAUUAGGGCUUGGGCAACCCAAUGGAUACGUAGAACUAGUGGUAGUCAUGAUGACAGCAGACAUAAACUAACCGGACCUAUGGAGCAAAAGAGCGCUGCUAGGUGAUGCUGCUGCAGAAGGGCGGGUCCUAUCAGGAGAGGAGCAGCCGAGGCGGGUGAUGCACCCAAAAAACCUUCACUGAAGGGAGAAGCAGAUGCUGGAGCCCCCCAGGAACGAUCCUGUCGAGCAGCCGGCAGGACCAGACCAGAAACCCCCAGCACUGCAGAAUUGUGCUGACCCAGCCAGGAGGGAUCGCUGAGCAGGAGGAGCCGCUUCAGAGCACAGAGCAGCCACAAUCACAACUUUCAAAUGGGUUUCAGGUGCAGAAUCUGCAUCAGAUCAGCCCUGCACAUCGCCAGAGCCGUUCGGGGCGGCGCAAACACCGGCUCUGCCCAGGGGCUGCUCUGCUUGCUUGCCCAUGGACACAGUUAUUAAUGAUUCCCAUCCAGGGCAGCACACCAGGUAUCUCUGGGGCAGAAGAAGGUGCUUUGAGGGAGCAGAUGGGGACGAACUCUCAGAGCCGUGCAAAGCGAAGCGGGGAACUCUCGGGACACUCCAGGGCUGAGGUUCAGCAUCGCUCUGGGUCGGACCACGCUGGCUCUGCAAUAUCUCCUUGGUCUCAACAGAUGCUUCCAAAUGCCUUUGGUAACACCGGUGGCUACGGCUGUUUUAUUGAACUUUCCAGCGCUGGAAAGCAAGAUGCUUCAUAGCGCGGUUAAAACAGUAUCCCAAUGCUGCAAUGACAUUAGGUUUUAAACAGCAGCCACCUGAAACAUUUCCCCGGAAAGGUUAAUACGUUUUCCAUACAUUCCUCGGUUAAACUAUAUCACAGGCACAUUUUAUAUAAGAAGCGAAAAACUACAUGAGUUGGAUUUUCAAUGCUCCAGUUAGCACUGCUCUGCAUUGCAAAUGGGCUGAAUAUAUUCUAAUUUGUAAAACUGAUGGGACAGUACUUUCUAAAGCCUUCAAGUGACAAGCAGAUCCCGUUGAAAGUUACAUGCCUUCAAUUUUACUUCAAGCUGCGCCUCUUUUUUUGAGAAGGUAAACCAUCCAUACGUACCAUUGCACCUUUUGCAACAUUUUAAGGAUGACACACAGAAGCAAAGAGGAAUGACUUCGUGAUGACCACAACAGCCUUACAACCCCUUGCUUGGACUCCAGUUCUGAUCUUCACUCCAUCGACGGCUCCAAACGAUUAUUUCACCCCUUGCUGAUUAAGGGACAGGGCACAUUGUGAAGGGAGGGGGACACAAAACGAUUUCCACUUGCAGCACUGGAAAGAAAGGCCAAGCUCAAGUGCAGACGGUCACAAACUAAACCCCGCUCUAGACAAGCAAGCUCCAUUUUUGCUCAUAGACACAAGCCACGUUAAGACACAUUGCCUUGUCUUAGGCAGCCUGUUCUGCCUUAUUUUGGUUUUUAAGAGGCAGUUAGGUGACCCACAGAAAAGGAUCCACACAUGCAAAUACAGCCAAGGCAGCAUUUGUAUCUAGUUAAACUUCACCCAGGCUAUAAAGAAAGGUGUUCAGAGCUGGGGGAGAAAACUUAGAUUCCGAAACCUUAACAGAGUUUACUGGCUUUAACUUAUUGCAUUGAGCUGCAAAUCAAUUUCCUGACUUGCCAAGAAUCCCCUUCACUUAAUUGCUCUGAGCGUUUGCUUCAGGGAUUGAUUACCAGGGAUGAGUUAAGUGCUGCGGGUUUGUUCUCAGCACCGUAGUGGCUCAGCAAGGAAAAUAAUCUGAUUUCACAGGGUUCACUAGACCCCUCAAAUAGUGCAAACCAACCUGACAAAGGUGUUGGAAGGAAAACACAGUGAGGGUGAAAUGUUCUGAGACCCCCCAAUGAAAGGAGCUUUACAGUUCUGAUUUAUUCAUAUUUAACAUAAAAUAAUCUUCUACCUGAUGCUAUUGAUCUUACAGACUGAAGAUCACGCUUCGGGGUUUAGGUUGUCUGGGCUAAAUUCAGCCCUCGGCUGUUGGAGUGAGAAACAGCCCAGGUUUGCAGCACAGACUCAGUGUUGUGCCCUCAUCUCUUCGCCCAAUAAAUCAGUUGGACGACGCAGGUAUCACACUCAGAUAACGCCGGGGAGGUCUAAAUCCCACCUGCUCCAAACGCCCCCAGCUAAACCCCAGCCGCGGGAAACCCUUUGCUGCCAAUAUUUUAAUCCAGCCUCACUCGCCCCCAAUCACACGCCCCCACAGAGCUGUUUUCUUCUCCGUAACUUUGUUGUACGCUAUUUUUUUAAGAAAACCAAAUGGGAAACAUUGUAAGCAUACCGUACUGACUGUAAUGAUGGUUAUUUAUUGGCUACAGUAGCACGCAGUUCAUAAAUAAAGAUCUUCAGAGACUUUAGACAA